GCCAGCUUAAGACCGAUUGUCAGUCCACACCCAAAGCCAACAGCCAAACAAACAUUUCCGAAGGAAAUCAUCAAAAUUUCCAUUUCUAAAUCAAAGCAUGCAAAAGUCGUCUCACUUUGCACGCGAGGAUUCCCAGGAGCACCUUCCCACCAACCAAAAUACCGUCAACAUGAAGCGCCACACCCUGUCCGGAAGUUGUGGCGUUGGCGUCUUCGUGUUCGCCUUUGCCUUCAUUGUGAUUGCCUUUGCUACGCCCAGCUGGCUGGUCAGCGAUUACCGCAUCACAGGAGCCAAGCUGGACCGCCUGGGGCUGUGGGUGAACUGUUUCCGAUCGCUGCCAGAUGUGAAUGAUAACAGCCAGCGGAGGUUCUUCGUCGGAUGUCGUUGGGUCUACGAUCCCUUCACCACGGGUUACGACGAGAUCCGUGGCUUCCUCUUGCCUGCCUUCAUGAUUGCCACUCAGUUCUUCUACACCCUGGCCUUCAUAGGAAUGCUCCUCAGCGCUAUUGGUGUCCUGGUCUAUUUCCUGUGCGCUGGUCCAGAUCAGAAGCAUUUUAUAACUCUGAUCCUAUCCGUGGGGUACGUACUUCUAGGUUCUGGCGUAAGUGCAGCCAUAGCAGUCAUUGUGUUUGCCUGCUUUGGCAAUCGGAACGGCUGGAUGCCCGAGCACGCGAACAAUUGGUUUGGCUGGUCCUUCGUCCUCGCCUGCGUGGGCACUGUGUUCACCCUGGUGGCGGCCACUUUGUUCCUUAGCGAAGCCCAUGUCCAGAAAAGGAAGCGAUUGCAGUUCAAAGAGUCGCAGACUCGAUUCGAGUUGGUUCGCGGAUAGUCGCCUAGGCCGCUGUAACCUAGCACACAUGCACUAAGGAAAAACAACACAUUCAGAACAAAAUAACAAAAAACAUUCCGUCCCACGAAGAAUUCUCACCCUAAUAAUUACAGACAAACUUCUCCAAGUCGAAUAGUCAAAAGACAAACAUUCUAAAAUGAAAUAUGCACAAAGUACUCCUCAUUAGUAUCCGUGACUCACUUAAAAGCCAAUUCCGUCCAUAUGAGUCGACGAAUCAUAGAAACUUUUACAUUAUAGAAUGUAAAUGAUCAAUGUUAUUAUUCGUAAAAGACAUUACUUAUCAAAAUUUGGAAAUGCUUUAAAUAAUUGAAAAAGUUUAUAUUUUAUCGCAGAAUUGUGAAAAUUAUUGUAACGUCUUUAAUCGAAUUUUAAAAUUCAGUUUUGGAGAAGUUAGUCUGUAAGUAGUUUUUAGAUUAAAAGAAAAGUUUAUGCAAUUUACAGAAUCGACACACCGCAUCGUAAGCUUUCAGUUUUUGGUACUUAUAAUUCAUCCAUCCAAUCGACCAGAAUAGUUCCAAACGAAGACUGAAUGUUUUCCCUAAAAGAAUCACUUUUCUGCACAAGACAAAAACGAAAUGAUACGCUCAACCAAAUGACUUAUGUUUGUAGAGUAUACAGCCAGAUUUGCAUAAUGAUUUUCGCUCAAUUAACGCCCAGAGACAACAGACGCCACCCCCCAACAAUUGUAGUUUUAUUUUUUUUUUGUUGUAAAGUCGCAGGCUUGUCGGAACUAGCAACAAAAUCUUACACUCGUGCCUUAAUUAGAAAGAACUGUAUUUUGGUAUAGUUUAUAGUGCCUAAAAAAAAAUUAUUGUUAGAGACCUGAUCGACUGACCUGCGACAAUUCCCUCCACACAUUGGAUUGCAUAAACUUCUGGUAAGCUAGUGCCUUAGUUAAGUGACACGGCGAAAGCUAAGCGAAAUACGUCCACUAUUUUUAAGAAAUAACGAAACAUUCCGUCUUUUACAUGUGAAAAUUGAAAACGUGUUGCCUUCUUUUAAAGGCAACUAGAUCUGUAUUAAUAUUUAUCAAUCUUUUUGCACGAUGCUUUACAAAAUCUUCAAUUUGUAACAUAUUCUAAACCAAGAAUUAAGCAAUAUCUUAGAAGAAAAAAAAACACACAUCUUUUUACCCCAUAUACAAUCAUAUUUGUAACAUUUGUAUUAUGUACAAACGACUUUUUUUUAGCUAAAGCGAAGAAAAAUAAAGUUUUUAUUGUAUACAACAUA